AUGCUAAACGAGUGGACGCUGAAGGAUGAUCCCAUUCUGCAGGUGCCGGUCUAUGUGGCAGAGCCAGCAUUCCUUCCAGACCCCAAUGACGGCAGCCUGUAUAUCCUGGGAGGAAAGAACAAAGAAGGCUUGAUGAAGCUGCCGUUCACUAUCCCGGAGCUGGUCCAGUCCUCCCCGUGCCGCAGCUCGGAUGGGGUGCUCUACACUGGGAAGAAACAGGACACCUGGUUCAUCGUGGACCCCAAGUCAGGGGAGAAGCAGACCACCCUCUCGACAGAGGCCUGGGAUGGCCUGUGCCCGUCCAGCCCCCUGCUCUACAUUGGCCGGACCCAGUACAUCAUCACCAUGUACGACACCAAGUCGCGGGAGCUGCGCUGGAACGCCACCUUCUCCGAGUACUCGGCCCCGCUGUGCGAGGAGUCCUGCCACUACAAAAUGGCACACUUGGCCUCGAGUGGGGACGGGCUGGUGGUGACCCUGGACAAGGACAGUGGGGAGGUCCUGUGGGCACAGAACUAUGGCUCACCCGUGGUCGGCAUCUACGUGUGGCACCAGGACAGCCUGCGCCGCAUCCCCCACCUCAACCUGGCCAUGGAGACCCUGCGCUACCUGACCUUCCAAUCACAGGACAUCCAUGUCCUCAAGUGGAGCUACCAGUCCGUCAAGGACUUUGCUGCCACCAAGACCCAGCUGCUGCCAGCACUCUACGUGGGGAAGCACGCGACCAGCUUCUACGCCCUGACCUCGCUGGUGCACGGCAGUGUGGCGCUGGUGCCCCAGGGCAUCACACUGGCCAGAAUCGAUGGCCCCACCACGGACGACGUGACCUUGAGAGAGUCGGGGGAGUGCGAGAUCACGCCCAGCACCGACGUCAAGUACCCGCAGGGCAGCAUCACCGCGCUCCACAACCAGUGGCUCCUCAUAGGGCACCAUGAGCUACCUCCUGUGGUCCACACCACGAUGCUGCGAGCCUUCCCGGAGAACCUGAGGAAGACCACGGAAACCAUCAUCUCCAGGGCUCCUCCUGCCAGGACUGUGUUUGCUGAUUUCCUGGCCCCGAGCAGCCCGGAGGAGCCGGCUGUCCGCAGCGAGGGGCAGCUCCAGCCAGACCCUGCACCAGGGGAGCAGGUGGAGGUGUAUCCCGAGGGCACCUGGGACCUGGUGAUGGCUGGUGUUGGCACAGCUCUGCUGGGUGGGGGAGUCCUGCUCCUCCUGCUCAUGAAACUGCAGCGGCAGCACGUGGCACAGCAGCAACAGCUGGAGGAGCAGAUCCAGCUCCUGCAGCAGCAGCAGGAGAUGCUGCUCCCGGGCCGGGUCUCCAGGGAGGGUGUCCCUGCAGGGCCUGGGAAGCCGGGGCGGAACCGAGGAAGCACAUUGGAGCUCUCACAGAGCUCCGGCCCCUCGGCCCCCCUGGAGGACCCGGCAAAUGGGAUGGUGAGCCCAGGUCUGGCUGUCCCAGAGGCUGCUGCAGAUGCAGAACCAGACCUGGUUGUAGUUGGGAAAGUUUCUUUUAACCCCAAGGAUGUGCUGGGCCACGGAGCUGGUGGAACUUUUGUCUUCAGGGGGCAGUUCGAGGGACGGAAUGUGGCUGUGAAGCGGCUCCUGCCCGAGUGUGUCCAUCUGCUCGACCGUGAGGUCCAACUGCUCCGGGAGUCGGACGAGCACCCCCACGUCGUCCGCUACUUCUGCACCGAGAAGGACAGGCAGUUCCACUACAUCGCCAUCGAGCUCUGCUCUGCCACACUGCAGGAGUACGUGGAGAGCCCCAGCUUCAACCGCCGGGGGCUGGACCCGGUGUCCCUGCUGCGUCAGACCAUGUCCGGGCUGGCCCAUCUCCACUCCCUCAGCAUUGUCCACCGUGACCUGAAGCCCUGUAACAUCCUCAUCUCUGCCCCAAAUCGCCACGGGCAGAUCCGCGCUGUCAUCUCAGACUUCGGCCUCUGCAAGAAGCUUCAGGGGGGACGACAGAGCUUCAGUCUCCACUCUGGUAUCCCUGGCACCGAGGGCUGGAUCGCGCCCGAGGUGCUGCAGGAGGCCCCGAAGGAGAACCCUACCAGUGCCGUGGACAUUUUCUCAGCUGGCUGUGUUUUCUACUACGUGGUGUCGGGGGGGCAGCACCCCUUUGGGGACAGCCUGCGGCGCCAGGCCAACAUCCUGGCAGGCUCCUACCAGCUGAACUGCCUGCAAGAGGAGGCUCACGACAAGCUUGUGGCGAGGGAGCUGAUUGUGGCGAUGAUCAGCCCUGAACCCCAGCACCGGCCCUCAGCCCCUGUGGUCCUUGUGCAUCCCUUUUUCUGGAGUCAGGAGAAGCAGCUGCAGUUCUUCCAGGACGUCAGCGACCGUGUGGAGAAGGAGCCGGCUGAGGGUCCCAUCGUGUCAGCCCUGGAAUCAGGGGCACGGGCAGUGGUGAGAACCAACUGGAGGAUGCACAUCUCCCUCCCACUGCAGAUGGACCUGAGGAAGUUUCGCACCUACAAGGGGGGGUCAGUGCGUGACCUGCUGCGGGCCAUGAGGAACAAGAAGCACCACUACCACGAGCUGCCAGCCGAGGUUCGGGCAGCCCUGGGCUCAGUCCCCGAGGGCUUUGUGCAGUACUUCACCUCCCGCUUCCCACGGCUGCUGCUGCACACGCACGGGGCCAUGCGGGUCUGCGCCCACGAGCGCAUCUUCCACCCCUACUACUGCCAGGGGCUGCGGGGUGACGGCGCCUGAGGGGGACACGGCACCGUGGGGCUGCUGCGGCCCCUCCUCCCUGCCUGUGCCCACAGCCCCGGGGGCUCUGGGGGGGUCCUUCUCCCUCUCCCCGGGGCCAGAUGGGUGCCCAGCAUACGGGGCAUUUCCAGCAGCACAGUGUGGAAGAGGUGGGCACAGGGCAGCACUGUGCUUUCGCCUGGGGUCCCCUGAGCCCAAGAGGGACCCUCUGGGCACCCACCUUUGCAAACACUCACAGUCAGACUCAGGGGCCUGAAGGCACGUGAGUCAGAGAACAAAGACCUCUCUGGUGUGGACUGGGUGCUUGGAGAAAGAGGAAAAUGCCCGUUGUGUUUUCCCAAGGGCAGCGGCAGCGAUGCCCCGGCACAGCGAGGCCCUCAGGCCACGCUGGUCACAGGGGGAUGUUCACCGGGGAUCAGCGAGCUUUGUCCAGGGCAUUCUCCUGUGCCAUGGAACACAGCUGUUUGAGUUGUGACCAGUACCCCAGUCUUGACACUGGAGCUGAGCCCUCAGCCCCAGUGUGGGCUGUGCUCAGCCAGGCAGUGCUGAGCAGCCACACCCGCCGGGGACCUGGCCUGUUGUAUCCAGGCUUGCAAGGGCACAGCCCUGCAGCACUUGGGGGCCUCCAGCACAGCCCCCUGAAUGAAGGUUUGAAUCUCAGCUGGGCUGAGAACAAGGUUAUCUCCCUUUCAGUCUGUGCCUGUGCCAGGCCUGAGCCCCUGAGCAGGUCACACAGCAGUUCUUGAGCAGCUGUCUCUGGGCACAAAGCAGGGAACUCACUUUUCCCGAGGGAUCCCUUCCCUCAAACACAGGGCUGUGCCUGAAGCUCCCCCAGCCUCUUCUGCUGCCCCGGGUCCAAGUCCCAUGGGUGCUCUGGUUCGUGGCAUGCCCAUGGGCAUGUGUUCCCCAUAAGCCAGCCUCCAGUAUCAACUGGGUGCACAGGCACAUGAAGCCCCAUGGCAAAGUUCCUCUGUGGAACAGCAAUAGUUUAGUCCGAUUCCUGUGGGUGCUGGGAUGUGGGAUUUUGUUACAGAGGUGAUAGGGUUUGUACCUGGUUUCUUUUCAGAAUAUGUUUAUACAAAAUGUUAUAAAAAAUAAAAACUAAAAAGCUUG